AUUCUUUCCAAGUCAAUUCUCCCCCUUCCUACUCUUUCCCUUUUCUCGCUCUUCUUGCUCAUUUUUGUGUCAAUUGAUCUCCAGUGACCAUCGAUAGCCAUGUACUCUAGUAUGCCCAGGGCUGUUGUCGCCGCCAUCGUUCGUCCAUCUCUCCGCGCCGGCGCAGGUGCUCGCUUCGCAGUACGAGCAGCAGCAGCAACACCUCUUCUCCCACAGUCCGCCCUUCUAAGCUCUCGAAACUCUCUUCUUCGGAGCUUUCACACUUCUCCCUCUACGUGCAAAGGCAUUUUUCCCGACUCUGCCGACCCCGCCGCUCCGAACCCGCAAUCUCACAAUGUCGCCGGCGGCGCCGCCCACGUCUCGGAGCCGUCUCCAUUGACUGACGGGCAGUACCACGACUACGCAGAGCAUUACCUGAAUACUGUGCUCGAGGAGGUGGAAUCCCGUCAAGAAGAGGGCUCAGAAAUUGAGGCCGAAUACAGCGCCGGAGUCAUGAACGUCACUGUUCCCGGAGUUGGCGUGUACGUGCUCAACAAGCAGCCUCCCAACAAGCAAAUCUGGCUCAGUUCACCCAUCUCUGGUCCCAAGCGGUUCGAUUGGGUCAUCGAGGGGGACCAGAUGCAUGAGAAGCAGGAGUCGCGGCCCUUUGUCAACGGGCAAUGGAUCUACCUGCGCGAUGGAACGAACUUGACCGAUCUGUUGAACCAUGAAUUGACUUUGAAUCUGCCUGAGGAUAUCUACAGUGAGCUGGAUUAAAGGGAGAGGGUGGACAUCUAUGAGACGGGGGAGUUAUAAGCUGGAUACUAUUGUGUGUAGGUAAAUGAUUUUAUGAGGUGGGUGUUUUUACAAGGAGUCAUGUAAAUUAUUACAUUGCGCUUGAGAAUAUCUCAAGAGUUUGUUUUAUGAAUUCACUGUCG